CUUGAGGUGUGUUUUCUCUUUCAACCAGCAGUUUAUUUUUUCCCCUCAGCCGGACGUAGUCAAUGUGACGGACGGUUCCACAGGCGCGGGUCGGGUACCUCAGACUGGUGGAGGCCCACAGCGCCAUUUUUGAUGUGCUGCUGUGGCGUCGGCUUCGUGCUCGGAGCUGUUAGCUGCAAAAAUGAACGUUAUCGACCACGUCCGGGACAUGGUGGCCGCUGGCCUGUACUCCAACGUGAGACUACUCAGCAGUUUGUUGCUGACCAUGAGCGACAACAACCCCUUUAUCGGAACACUUAUUGGAAAUCAAGAUAUACAGGACUACCAUCAAUCUGGUCUUCUCCUGAAAGGACAUAAUCAGAGAAUUCUUCUCUCCAGUGCAGAAGUACCAGCUACUUGUCUACCAUGCAGAUUCUCUCUUCCACGAUAAGGAAUAUCGUAAUGCCGAAUCAAAAUACAAAAUCGCUUUGCAGCAGAAGAAGGCACUGACUAAAACUACAAAAGUGAGACCAGCUGGUGGGAGCGCCCCUUCAACACCACAAACGCAGUGUCUACCAUCAGAGAUUGAAGUUAAAUAUAAAAUGGCUGAAUGUUAUACAAUGCUGCGUCAAGAAAGGGAUGCAGUUGCAAUACUGGACACUAUUCCUACCAGGCAGCGUACUCCAAAGAUUAAUAUGAUGUUGGCCAAUCUGUAUAAGAAAGCAGGACAGGAGAGGUCAGCUGUAACCAGCUAUAAGGAAGUUCUACGACAAUGUCCUCUGGCUAUGGAUGCAAUACUAGGCCUGCUGUCUCUUUCGGUGAAGGGUGCAGAGGUAGCAUCUCUGACUAUGAAUGUGAUUCAGAGUAUUCCAAAUUUGGACUGGUUAUCUGUUUGGAUCAAGGCAUAUGCUUUUGUUCACACCGGUGACAAUACCAGGGCAAUCAAUACUAUCUGCUCCUUGGAGAAGAAGUCAUUAUUGCGGGAUAACGUGGAUUUAAUGGGAAGCUUGGCAGACUUGUAUUUCAGAGUGGGUGACAACAAAAAUGCCAUCCUGAAGUUUGAGCAAGCUCAGAUGCUGGAUCCAUAUAUAAUUAAGGGAAUGGACGUCUAUGGGUAUCUUCUGGCAGGUGAGGGCCGACUAGAAGAUGUUGAAAAUUUAGGUGGACGUUUAUUCAACAUCUCCGAUCAGCAUGCAGAACCUUGGGUUGUCUCAGGUUAUCAAUGUUUGUACAGCAAACGAUAUUCACGUGCACUUUAUCUGGGAGCAAAAGCAAUUCAAUUGAAUAGCAACAGUGUGCAAGCCUUGCUAUUAAAAGGUGCUGCUUUGCGAGCCUUGGGCAGAAUCCAGGAAGCUAUUAUACACUUCAGAGAAGCUAUGCGUCUCUCCCCUUGCAGAAUGGAUUGCUAUGAAGGACUAGUUGAAUGCUAUUUGGCUUCAAACAGCAUACGUGAAGCAAUGGUAAUGGCAAAUAAUGUUUUCAAAACGCUGGGUCCAAAUGCCCAGACCUUGACACUUUUUGCCACUGUUUGCCUGGAAGACCCGAUGACACAAGAGAAGGCAAGAACACUUCUGGAUAAAGCUCUGGCACAGAAAUCUGAUUAUCUGAAAGCAGUGGUCAAAAAAGCAGAACUUCUGAGCCGUGAACAGAAGUAUGAAGAAGGCAUAGCUCUUCUGCGAAAUGCAUUGGCAAAUCAGAGUGUUUGUAUUCUGCAUCGGAUGCUUGGAGAUUUUCUUGUAGCUGUAAGUGAUUACCAGGAAGCAAUGGACCAAUACAGCAUUGCAUUAAGCCUAGAUCCCAAUGAUCAGAAGUCUUUAGAAGGAAUGCAGAAGAUGGAGAAAGAAGAAAGUCAGACAGAAGCAGCACAAGAGGAGGAUGUGGAUGAUAUGGAGGGUAGUGGAGAAGAAGGAGACCUGGAGGGGAGUGACAGUGAGACUGCACAGUGGGCAGACCAAGAACAGUGGUUUGGCAUGCAGUAAGAAAAGCACUGAAAACUUCACAAAUAACAUGGGCCUCUUCAAAUGAACUUUCAUGUUUUCUGUUAUCCAGCUGCCUUGGACUUUAUAAUUAAUUAUAAUCAUUGCUUCAUGAUACCGAAGGAAUAUGGUCAGGAAUCUGUUAUCUCAUGUUGUAUUUCUAUUACAAGUGUACAUUUUUGUACAUCUUAUUUUGGUUUACAAAAAUACUCUUGCUCUCCAUAAUGUUUUAUUCAGACCAGUUAACUAACGCAAUGACAGUUGACUGGGCUGCUGUGAUCUUCAUAAUACUUAUAAAUUAAACAUUUCAAUGUGAGACUUCAUUAUUCAAACUUAUGAAAUCUACAGAGUUUUGGGUAAAAAGAGUUUAUAUGAAUUAAAGCCAAACUAAACUCAAUGCUGAAAUAUUUUGCUAAUUUUCUUCAUGAAAACUUUAAAGUCAAAGUGGGAUGACUAUGAAACAUUAAAAUGCAUGAAUCCUGAAGCUAUAGAGAAAGUGAUUGAUUUCAUAAAUUUGUGUUCAGAUAUUUAAACUAUUGACUACUGUAAUUUUUACCUUGAACUGAGUUUUAAUGGAGUUUUCCCAUUUGAAGGCAUCAAUUUUUUUUUCCCAAUGCCCUAAAGGUUUUGAACUAUUCUCAGAUCCAUUACCAAUUAGAUUUUUACUUUGAAGACCCAGAUUUGCUCUGAUCCUUGGUGCUGGCUAGCUCCUUUUGCACCAUGCAAGAAUUAAAUUUGCACACUGCUGUAUCCAGUUUCACCAGACAUUGUGGAUCAUAUAUAACUUAUUGUUUGUAUUAAAUCCUUUUGACAGCUGUGAUGCUUUGUAUGCUGUCUCACCAGCUAGUUCUUGCAAUAACUGUUUUGAUAACUGUAUUGUGUAUUUUGUAAAGAAUGGAGGUAAAAUGAAAUUUUGCAGUACUAAUUAAAAUGUAUACAAUGUAUACACUGUAGUAGUGAGUAUCAUUGUAUAUGAAAUGCAUGUUUUAUUUCCUUUAAAUAAAAAUUAAUGUCCUCCUUUGUUAGUAGCUACUCUUUUUAGUUUUGUAACUUUUAAUUAGUAUACUGAAAUUGGCUGAUUUGUUUUGGAUGUACAUCAUUGUCUGCAAGGAAUUGCAUUUCAAAGUGUCUGUCAACUUGACUGAAUCUCUCUCUUUGGUUGACUGCUAAUUCAUCCAAUGUAUACUGGUGAAUUUGAGUGGUAUGUUCAUAAAGCCCACUCAUAAACUAAAUAAGUACUUCGGCCACAAAUCAGUCACUAAUUUUUGUUUUUUUAAAGUCAUUUCGGUUCCUAAAUUCAGUCAAUGUACAUUUUUUAAAAAAUCUAUUGUAUAAACUAGGAUACAUAUCUGGGUCAAACACUUACAGUAGGUUGCACUCAACUGUGCCCUUAAACUUUUCAUUUGCCCUCCAUCUAACUACAGCUAAUCUUCCUUUAAGUUUCUUGCUUUGUGUUUUCCCUUCUGCUUGGCAAAGCCCACAACCUGUUUUAAUAUCUGACCUGAGUUUCUGAACACAGUGUCACUUUUUGUAGCCUAACAUUCAUUAUUUGGCUGUACCACUCCCUUGGCAAGAAACCUACCAUAAAGUAGUUCACUGUACCUUAUCACAAAUCUCCUCUCUGAAGAGCUGGAACAUCUAAUAAUUAUGCCUUUAUUGAAGCAUAAAUCUGACACCAGCUCACCCACAUUACUGCAAUUACACUGAAUGCAAUACAAUGUGAUGAACUCUGGCUUCUUAUCUUUCAUGACUUUUUGCUUGCCUUCAAAUCUUUAACAGAAAUCAUUUCAUACCAAUGAACCAGUGUAAUUUUAGAUUUUGUUUUAAGAAAAUCUGCCUCUGGUACUGCUGUAUCCUGGUUCCAAUCAUGACUUGGUGGUGAGGAACUUCCUAUAUUUUUUGUUAUGGAUUUAUUUACCAGGAUAUCAGAACUCAGUUGAUUAGCCAGGUCAUGGCAAAUCUUUGAGGUCAUCAUCAAUCAUUUUGGCAUUUAUAUAGCACAGCAAAACUCCCCAGAAACUUUAGCACAGCUAAUACAUCCACCAUGAGAAGUAAAAGGGGAAAAAUACAAAUAUUUUGAAUUAUUUUCUACAAUGAAAGAUUUGAGAUCAAAAUAGGGAAAAUAGAGACUAUAGUACUAGAAGAGGUUGCAUGAAUUGUACCCAGAAUGUGCUUACAUCUGUUAGAUUAUAAUCUAAAUUUGAUUACAUGCAAUGAAUUUUGUCGUAGUAAAGCAGUGCAAAUGGGUUAGCUUAAUAAAAUGGAAUUGUUAUAUUGUUCUUUAGAGUAUUUUUUUUGAUGAAUUUAAAGAUAGGGGCCUGUACAGUUUUAUUAAUUCAACCUAAAACCUGAUUUAUCACAAUGUUUGUUAUUUUAGCAAAUGUGAAGGCUGACCCCUGUGAGUAAUGGUAUCUUAU